CGAGCAACGUGAAUAAAAGAGCCCCCAGCCCCGAGGACUCCCUGCCGGCAUUAUGGCCUAACCGGGUAUUGGGUCAAACUGACAAGGGGCCCACCAAUCAACGCCAAUCAUCAUGAUGUCCAAGAGCCAUGUUGAUAGUGUCUCUUCUACCAUUGCCAAUGCAAUAUCGACGGUUCUUGGGCUUGAACCUAGCGAAAUCAACUUUGUCGCACCAAAUAGCACUUUUGUCAAGCUUGGUGGCGACUCUUUGACUGCGAUCCUUAUCGCUGCAGAGUGUCAGAAGAAUGGCAUUUCCAUCUCAGCAAGCGUUUUCCUAAGAGCAUCAAGCCUAGAAGAAUCCAUCGCGAAGGCUGAAAUUUCCGCCCAGCUUCUCGACAUCGACUUGAAUACUCCAUUUACGCCUACACCAAAUUCUCUGUUACCUUCUCAGGGCCUCCCACCUUGCUCAACAGCUUUCUCGUCGCAUUCAUCAACUGAUUGCGACGGGCUUUCAUCGCUUUCGUCUUCCUACGACCAUAUUGCAACUAGCGACUUGCAAGCUUCCAACACGCUCUCUUCUUACAACGAACAAAAGAUCAUGACCGCAACGGACCUUUUAGGUCGGAUCAAUGCUACUGAAUGGACGGAGAUGCAGCUUCUUCUGCUACGGGAAACAUCCAUCGACCAGAAACGUAACAUUGUGACUGUACACGAUUUGUAUACCGGUGAAUCGGACCCUCAACAUGUCUGUAACAUCUGGAUGAACACAAUUUGGGCUGAACCAAUAUUCCAGGACUUUGUUACGGAGCUAUGCAUCCCUCCACACCAGCUCCUGCUUCAGAAAAUAAUCCAUGUAGAAUCCGAGGACGGUUUCCAAGAAGAGCUCCGUAACGCAUUUCUCGUCGACUCUGCACUAUCUAAACUGACCGUCGUGCGGCUGAAUCUGUCAUCUGUUGCGGUUGUCUGGCGUGUGCACCAUUCUUUCAUAGAUGGAUUCUCUGCUCGUCUUCUCCACGAUAAGAUUCGUCGCAAUCUCUUGUCAGGAAGAGUCAGUGUUAGUCCCGGCCCAUCAUUUAAAGAAACAGUACGUGCGCUAGGUAGAUUGAGAGAAGAGAGAAGAGAGGCCACAAGACGAUUCUGGGAAAACGAGCGAGCGAAAUUUCCUAGCGCGGUUGGCGAGCUAUGCUUGAAUCCACAGCGAGAUCAAGAUGAGUCUACAUCACAGGGGGUCAUCAACCUCAUAAUUCCGGAAGCACAACUGGCGGCUGCUCGAGCGCGGACGGGUCUUACAAGUACAAUAUACUUUGCCGCUGCAUGGGCUCUGACAUUGGGCAAAUUCAUGGAUACCGAUCAGGUCUGUUUUGGAAUGACGUUCUCGGGCCGUGAUCUACCUAUCUUGGGUGCAUUCGAUGUUGUUGGACCGCUUAUUAACAUACUUCCAUUGUCUGUACAGAUGCCGGUUGAGGGAGAACGAGAAACUUCUGUCCGAGCAUUUCUCCUAGGCAUACAAGACCGUAUCCUUGAGUUGAACGACAUUCAGUACUCGGACACAACAGAUGGAUUCGACAGGAAGUUCACUUCUAUUAUGGCCACGCAGUUUGAGGAGCUUGAAGGGUCAGACGAGUUCCCAAUAGGUGUCUCCGGCCGCCCUGACGUGCAGUCUGGGAUUGCCCUAAAUCUUAUCAUUCAUGGACAGAACUGUCUACGAGUGCUCUACUCUACUUCGAAAUAUUCUGAAGAGGAUAUGCACAAUGUUUGGUCAGUCUUUCAGAAUGCCAUGAGCUGUUUCCUACAGGAUGACGAUGAGCAACCGUUGGCAUCCGCGAUGCGACAGGGGCUCAUGCCAUUGAAGAUGGAACAGACCAUCCGAAGAUGGAGCAACUGCGAGUCUCUCGAGGCGUUGGACGAGUCAAAGGGGGACGAUCUAGUGACAUUAUUUGAAAGUGUCGUGGCAAGACAACCCACCGCUGUGGCUGUCACUCGUGGUCAGGGACAAGAUAUCUCCUAUGAUGAAUUCGACCAAUGUUCAAGCGUUGUAGCGCGGGAACUCACCUGGGUUAAGCUGAACGAGCCAGUUUGCGUAUACGCUGACCGAUCGGUCGAUUGGCUUGUUGCUAUUUUAGGCGUGCUCAAAGCAGGUGGCGUAUACACGCCAUUAGAUCCGUCGGCCCCAGCCUCCGUGCGACAUGCAAACUUCGUACAGAGUGGUGCGCGUGCUAUCAUCUUUCCCUCGAAAGCGUGCAUUUCCCCAGAUGUGUUGCCUGUUGGUUGCCGGACACUCUUCGUCGACACAGCCUUGGAGAAGAACCGGAUAGAGUCACGGCAAGAUCGUCUCACACCUUCUCCCCCAAGAAGACGCAUCGCUCGUCCAGAUGAUCUUGCCUACAUUUGCUUUACGUCCGGGUCCACUGGUCAGCCGAAGGCGGUGCAGUGUACUCACAAAGCGCUAGUAGCUUUCCAGAGAGAUUAUAUUGUUCGCCUUUGUGCUAGGAAAGGGACGGUGGUAGCUCAAGUCAUGUCGCCUGUCUUCGAUGGAAGUAUUCAUGAAAUCUUCUCCACCCUUACAUACGGUGCGACACUGCGUUUAGGCUCGAUUGACGCCCAAGACAACCCCUUUGCGCACCUUCAAGACUGCGACUCGGCUAUUUUUACUCCCUCGAUCGCGAGUGCACUUGAUGCUAACCAGUACCCUCGUCUGCGUAAUGUCUACCUGGUUGGAGAAGCCGUUCCUCAAUCCGUGUCUGAUGCAUGGACGAAGGAUCAUACUGUGUACAACAUGUAUGGUCCGACCGAAGCAACUUGCGGCGCCACAAUCAAGCAACUGGCAACAAGCAGAGCUGUUACGCUUGGCCAGGCUAAUCCAUCUUCCAGGGUAUACAUACUGGAUCGCAAUCAGUGGCUGUUGCCACCUGGUGCCGUGGGUGAGAUGUAUCUUGCUGGCAUCCAAGUAUCAGAAGGAUAUAUCAAUUUGCCUUUGGAGAACGCAAGUCGCUUUUUUUAUGACUCCGUGUUGCCCGAGGCAGAACAAAAAAUGUAUAAGACAGGCGAUUUUGCUUAUUGGGAUAGCAUGACUGGAGAAAUCUGCAUCAUUGGUCGCAAAGAUCGGCAAAUCAAGCUUCGCGGCUUCCGACUCGACCUUGACGACUUGGAAGCACAGAUUACCAAUGCGAUCCCGAGUUGUAGAGGUGCCGCUGUAUUCCGUCGGGAGGACUAUCUGGUGGCAGCGUACGCCAUGUCCCCCACCUCGAUAUAUGUGUAUAAUGAAUCAGAGGUCAAGACGUUGAUUAGGGAUGCUAUACCCCCAUACGCGAACCCACGACGAAUUCUGCCAUUUCGCGAGCUCCCUCUAACAAAAGGAGGCAAAUUAGAUUAUAAAAAGCUUGAGGAGAUUGACAAAUCCAACGCUUUAAAGCCGCAACCUUUGCAGAAGAGUAUCACGGGAACCGAGUUAAUGAUUGUACGCGCUGUGCGCGAUCUAAUGAAGCUUGACCCUAGCAUACCCAUCGAUCGAGAUUCAGAUCUCCUAGCGCUAGGUGCACAUUCGAUCGUGCAGCUACAGCUUGCAAGUCGCCUCUCUUCCCUUAUCCAACGAAAAUUUACUGUGAAACACGUUUUCGACAAUCCCGUCAUCUCGCACCUAGCAUCCUCGGUGGACGAGGUAGUCAAAGGGCAAGUGGUUGUAGACCAAGACGGAUGGGAAAAACCUGCCUGCUUUGGUCGCAGCAAAGCAGCGUCUACCUUCGAAGUGAACGAUGUAUCGCCCAUUGAGAGCGUUUGGUUCGCAAAAUAUCAGCAAAACCUCGGCACUUCAGCUUUCAAUGUGUCGCAUGUUUCGAAACUCGACGACGAAUUUGACCAGCAUGACGCACUUGUGUCUGCGUGGACAGCUGUCUUGAAAAGACACGCAAUUCUACGUUGCAGGUUUCGUCCUUCUAUGGCCGCACAUGAAGGUGUGGAGAGGUUUUACGCUGCUCAACCACCAAAAGCCUUAUAUGUAGAUUCGUUCGACGUUCGAGUUGCAAUCAAUAGCGAGUUCUCGCUCGAUUCAGAACACCCGAUACGGGUAAUAAUCUCAAAGUCCCAUAUGUUGGUCUGCCUGAGCCACAUCAUCUGCGACUAUUCAACCCUCAACCGGCUUUUGGAAGAAUUCCUCGCCGCGUACUAUCAUGAAGAUGGGGCUGGGGCAUUACUCUUGGCUUCUCAAAAAUGUUAUCAAGACACGAUGUGGGGAAAUGUCGCCAUCGAUCUAAAUACAGCCAGGUUCUGGCGAUCGUACCUUUCUGAAAUCGACUACAGUAGACUGCCUCCUUACAUGAAGAAAGCUCGAGCAUCGUACCAUGGCGCAUCGCGCAUGUUCCAGCUCUCGAAUAAUUCAGCCCAUAACCUCGAAACAGUUUCGCGAUCACUACAUCUCACCAAACAUCAAAUCGCGCUGGCUAUCGUGUCACUCAUUCUGCAGACAGACAGCUCGACCAAACAAGAUCUGAUAUUAGGCGGUCCGUACAUAGGACGACAAGAGGGCGAUAUGAGUACCAUUGGGCUGUUUUUACAGCCACUACCAAUACGAGUUUCAAGGCAAUCAAAAUUGGGGGAAGCCCUUGGUGACGCACCCGUGAGGAAUUUUCUACUCACAGUCCAAGAUUCUGCGCGGUCUGCUCUCAGUCACGGUAUCGAGUGGGCCUCGUUGCUACACCUGCUCUCCUUAUCAGAUGACAAUAAUUUACGCUCAGCCACUACCACACCGAGCCCGAACCACCCGCUGGUCGAUGCCAUGGUGACCUUCCAUGAGCGCAGCGUAACCGGCAAGGCAUCAUUACUCACGGAUGGGGUUAUAGCGGGAGUCGAACCUCUGGUUACCUGGGCCGAGGGCGCCAAAUUCGGCAUCAUGUUUGAGUUUUCAGCUGUUAGAUCAUCGGUGCUUACACUUCGAAUCGAAUACGACACUUUGGUCUUUUCGGCUGAUGAGGUGAUGGCGAUGACUACACGAAUCAACACUGCGUUGGAAGGUUUAUGUGAGAGUAUCGCAUCAUCAACAAAGGUUCGAGACCUGGAGGAUAGACUUUUGCAUGCUAGUGAUCUUGUACACAAUAGAAACGAAAUUAAGGGCGUAAAGUUUGGGAGUCCCUUGGCGAGUUUAUCGUAGAGUGCGUCUAGGUAUGCUUCUUAAUCAAGCCAUAAUCUUUUCAAGGACUAUAAAGAUUUAAACUGA